AGCUCACAUGGAGUCUGCAGACGGUCAGCGUGGUCGGGACAGCGGCAGCCAGCGGCGUUCCCCUCUCGAUGUCAUCAUGAGCCAGAUCCGCAGGAAGCGUUCGUUCUCGGACAGGAAGCCGCUGGGACGCUUCCUGUCCAGGAGCUCCAGCCAGACGGGGAUCCCAGAGGACGGCGAGUCGGAGGCCAGAGAGGACAGAGGACAGAGCUCAGGCGUCGCGGCGUCGGCGGACAGCGAACGCCACGUCGGCUGGGGAGGAGUCGGCCUUUUCCUGCAGCGGCUCGGAAAGAAAAGCGACAGCAGGAGUCUGAGUCUGGCUCACUGCGAUCUGACGGCUACAGACCUGCUGGAGCUCGCGUCGCUGCUGCAGUUCCUCCCUCAGCUGGAGGAGGUGGACGUCUCCUGGAACCCUCUGAUUGGAGGAUCUGUGGCGGCGCUCACGUCUCACCUGCAGCAGGUGUCUGGCAUCAGGACGCUGAGGCUCUGCAGCUGCAGGCUGAACGCCGACGACGUCGCCGCUCUGGGCGACUCUCUCAGCUGCGUCCCUCUCCUGGAGACCCUGGACUUGUCGUGGAACAGCGGCGUUGGCGGCGGCGCCCUGCAAGGCCUUCUGGGUAAACUGCAGCCGGCGCUGAGGGAGCUCCACCUGGUGGCCUGCCGGCUGUGUGCGGCCGAUGCGACCGUCCUGGGAGGGAUGCUGGCUGCGCUGCCCAGACUCGGCCUGCUGGACGUUUCCUGUAACCCUGAGCUCUCGCAGGAGGUGGACGCCGGCGGCUUCAGGGAGCUGGCCGCCUCCCUCUCUCACGCCGCCUCCCUCGCCACGCUCCGACUGCAGGCCUGCGGUCUGACGGCCGACGGACUCGACGCUCUCGGUGGUUCGCUCCGCUACCUCCCCUCUGUGCGGGAGUUGGACCUGUCCUGUAACAAGCAGCUCUCUGGAGGCCUGGGCCGCCUCACCUGCCACCUGGCCCACGUGGCUCACCUGGAGCGCCUCGACCUGCACCUGUGCUGCCUCACACACGACGACCUGAUGCACCUGAUCCAGGUGCUGCCCUCGCUGACCUCACUGACGGAGCUCGACGUCUCGUCCAAUCAGGAGGCGGGGGGCGUGGUCCGCCAGCUGGUCUCCGCCCUCCCCGUGAUGCAGAUGAGGCGGCUGCCGCUCAACAGCUGCAGCCUGAACCAGGAAUCCCUCACCGCUCUGGCUCUGGCGGUGCCGUACCUGCGCAGCGUGGACGUUUCCUGGUGUAAAGUGGUCGGCGGUCGCUUGGCGCUGCUGCUGGACGUCCUGCAGCCGUCGGUCAUCGUGGAGCUCCGCCUCAGCAGCUGUGACCUCAUCACGGACGACUUGCAGAACCUGGCUGCAGCCUGCAGACGAGGUUCUCUGUCGUCUCUGCGAGUGUUGGAUCUGUCCUACAACGGCUCGGUGGCCGAUGAGGGCUGGUCCCACCUGUUCGCUGCCGGAGGUUUGGGCUCGCUGGAGGACGUGGACCUCAGCCUGCGGCCCUCCACUGCCGCCCCCUGCUCCGCCUGGCUGCCCUCGCUGCUCCAAGCGCUGCCCCGGAUGCCGGCGCUGGCCCGGCUGGCGCUGCAGCGCUGGACCGGCGGCUCCGAGGAGAGGCAACGGCUGGAGUUCAGCCUGAGGAAGAGGAGCGUCCUGCUGGAGUGGGAUCCAGACGUCAGAGACGGAGCGUUCAAGGAGAGUCCGGAGGAGAGUCGACCGGAGGAGUAGGAACCCAAGAUCCACUCGUCUGGUGGAAACGAUGGUUUACAGUCAAGUCAACAGGAUGUGUGGAAAAAACCGUACAUCUGUCAGAAAUGUUCACCACUGAGUUACAAGACAGAACUACAUCUUCAUAAGAUCCUGCAGAUUAUUUAAUCUCAGAUCAUCUGGAACCUUCAGCUCAAAUUGAAACUUUUUUUGCCAUAAUUAUGCAGAUUUACAAUCAUAUUUGGGAAAUUUUAAAUUAAUAUAUCAAAUACUUCUUUAAUAAACUUUCAUUACACAUUAAAAGUUGAUCCUAUGUUUAGAUGAAUGUAUCUCAGGAACUAUUAACGAUAAAAGGUUUCACUGUUAUUUCUCAUCAUGUCAUUGAUUCAGAAAAUGAAAAACACGCCCAUCCUGAAACACACAUAUGUUCUUAGUUAUAUUUACAGAACCAUUUUGAAACUCCAGAACUCUACUCGGACCAGACGACCUACUGAUGUUUUUGUUUUUGUGGUACAACUCGUCACACCUGAUCAGUCAGUUAGAAAGAUAAAGAUCAAGUAUUUCAUAUGAACAGUGAUUCUCUGUGUGUAGUUUUGUAUAGUUGUGACCUGCAGCUACAUGUGGUUCAUAAAAUAUUAUGACUGAUUCCUGCAUGACCAACUUUUUUGCUAAUAUGAGCUCAAAGAUGAGACUUUUUAUGAUGCCAUACAUUUUUUUUCCUCCCAUAUUUCAUCUCACCCAUAAUCAGAGACUGUUUGAUCCACUGGUCCAACAUCACAGAUUCUAAAUCAGUGACAUGAUGAGAAAUAACAGAGAACAUUUCAGGUUUUUAUCUUUAACAGUUUCUGAGAUGCUGUCGUUCAAACAGCCUCAAAUCUUCCUGUACACGUGCAGUUUUUAGGUUGUCUCAGAACAUAUUUGAUUUAUGAGGCUAAAAGCUCCCGAUUAUCUUUAUAAAUAUUCUUAUUUUACCCUAUAAAAAUGUCAGAGAUGGUCGAGAAAACCUCAGCUAGGGUUGUUUUAUGUAAAGCUUCAAGCUGCAACCAACAGCUGUUUUUAUUAUCAGCAAAUCUGAUGUUAAUAUCAGUGUAUAAAACAUCACAACAACAACAACAACAAUCACUGUCCUUCAAGCUAAAGGUAACAUAUUCAAAUGUUGUGUUUCGAGUUUGUUGUCACAAAAAUUCAAUUAGCUUUAACUUGAGAAAUGUAAUUCUGAGUGAAACGGAAAGAAUCUCAUUUCAAAACCUUCAUUCUUAAAAUGAUAUUGUAAUUUAAUUGUCAUGUUUUCUGUGUAAACGCUCAGAAAAGCUCCGUUAAAGUCACAUUAUUCCUUCAUAGGAGAACUUUCAAGCUGCCACUGACGCUCAUGCACACAUUAAAGUCUGAGUGUGAACUUUUAGGACAACGUGGAAAACAUGAAAAUGAAAAUGCUUCAGUUUCAUGACAACUGGACGAACGCUGUCCACUGCAAUCAGAAGGUGGAGAACAGCUGCUGAGCUGCCUGAGAAUCAUUUCUGUCCAGUUUUAGGACGUAAAUGUGAUGGUGUUAACACUUCCACUGGGAGCCGAUCGAAGAAAAUGUUGAAUGUUUAGUUUUAUAAAUCGUGUUUGUGAUGAAUUCAUGAGAUUACUUUUUAUAUUUAUGCACCUUGAUGAAUAUUUGAUUAAAAAACUCUCACGAAGCA